GCUCUCGCGGUACAAAACGGAAACGAAGUUGAUUCGAAGCAAGGCAAGAGAGAUCAGACGCCUCUCUAGCAAGGCGUUGGCUGCUGUCGUUGUAGUGUUUUUUUUUUUUAACUCUCACUGGAGCGGAGCGUCUCUCUCAUUCGGCCGCUGUUUCGCGGAGGGAGGGAUGGCGGCCGCGGGCUCGGCUCCGCAUGUCGGCGACGUGGAAGAAGAUGCUUCGCAGCUGCUCUUUCCAAAAGAAUUCGAGAAUUCCGAGACGCUGCUCAACUCCGAAGUGCGAAUGCUGCUGGAGCACCGCAAGCAGCAGAACGAGAGCGCCGAGGACGAGCAGGAGCUGUCCGAGGUCUUCAUGAAGACCCUCAACUACACCGUGCGCUUCAGCCGCUUCAAGAACCGAGAGACCAUCACGGCCGUCCGCAGCCUGCUCCUGCAGAAAAAGCUGCACAAGUUCGAGCUGGCCAGCUUGGCCAACUUGUGUCCCGAAGCGGCCGAGGAAGCCAAGGCCCUCAUCCCCAGUUUGGAGGGCCGCUUCGAAGACGAGGAACUGCAACAGAUUCUCGACGACAUCCAGACCAAGAGAAGCUUCCAGUACUGACUCCUUUGGUUUCACGACGACUUUGAUGGAAAUCGACAUUUGCGCUUUUAACAUCUCAACUUUCAUUUGUUCUGGUGUGUUGCUUCUUUAACCAUCAUUUGACAGUUUUGCUAGUAAACUUCCACUUUGCAUAAAAUG